AUGAAGGGAUAUGAGGUAGUCACGACUAGUCUGAAGAGGAAGAAACAUUUGUUUGAGAAGGUACCUGGGAAAGGGGAUGAGGCGCUGAAGUGUGUUACAACAAGGAUGGAGAAGUCUAUAUUUUCGCCGAGCGGAGGAGUUUUAAGGACGAAGGAAAUCCUGACUGAUGUCAGUACAAAUGCUAGAUCUGUUGCAAAAAAGAAAUAAGUUGAUAAAUACAAGAAAUGAUCCCACUCCGUUAACUUUAAGGUCUUCUAUAGAAAAAUUGAAACGUCAAAAAUAUUAUAACGGAUCUAGCAGCUUUUGGGAUGAAUCAGAACAAGAUAAAGACUAUCUUGGCUCAAUUUAUCAAUUUGUUAACUCCAAUAACAAGAAAAGUAUGGAAGAAAUUGAAAAAGACCAUUCAAGUCAGCGAAAGCAAAGACAUCAGAAUUUGCGGCUUUCUUGAGACGCACUUUCUCGAAGAAAAUCACAAAUAGAUUCUGAAGCAGAGAAAUCCACAAACAGGACUGCAUUCAAAUAAGGCUCGCAAGAGCAUGCUCAGGAAUGCUUUCUACUUUGCUUCAGACAAUAAUGAAGAAUUCACAUAUCGAAAUUUUAGGAGAAAAAUUGUUGAUAUGUCUGCAAUAAAGGUGAUAGAUACGAGCACUCACAACCAAUCUCAAAAUGUCAACCUCAAGUCUUCAAUUGGAGAGAAAAUUACUGAAUCUGAUGAACGAAACAGGACAAUAGAUUGCCAUGGGAAAGGCCAUAAGACUAUCCUUAAAAUGCUUAGAAGAGCUGGGACUGAUAAAGUCAAGCAGCAAGUCCACGGUCAAAGGCAAUCGUUAAAGUUAGCCAAGAAACCUACUCGUCCAGUGUCUUAUAAGAAGAAAUAUGGCAAGAUUAAGCCUGCUGUGAAGAGUUUUAGAACUAAAGAUGAUCCUUAUAUGAGGCUUACUUCAAGAUAUGAGAAUAAGAAGGACGCACAGGACCGAGAUCGUAUGGGACACGAAGUGCUCAUCAACUUCAAGAGGACAAACCACAUUCAGAACGCAAUUAGGGAAUGGCAAAGAGAGAAGGGUAAAGUAACAUCAGGAAGAGAUUCAUCAAAUGGAAAAAACAACGAAUCUGAAGAAGAUGAGGUGAAAACUGGAGAGUACCAAUUGAAAAGAAAGUAUCAUGAGAAGGACCAAUUCAACCGUAUAAGCUCCCUGAUGGCUACCAACAGGAACAGGUUUGGUAUGAGAAAGAGCUCAGAGAAUGAAAAUAUUGAUCAUUUUGAGUAUGAAAAGGAAGAACUAGAAAAGAAAAUCCUUGAUAAGAAUAAAGUAUACUAUGAGCUCAUAAGAGACAAUGAUAAGUUCCACAACGUAGAUGAGCUGAUUGGCUUUGAUAUCUCCCAAUGGCUUAGAAAGCGAGGAUAUCUUGCUGGAGAUAGAGUCAAUAUUAAGGAUCAGAUUGAAUUUGCCAAGAAACUGUUCUUCUCAUGGGAUGAUGACGGGUCUGGAGUUCUUGAGAUUGAUGAAAUAUCAGAACCUCUAAUUACACUUGGAUUGGCUCCUGAUAAGAAAUUUGUUGUACAGCUUAUCAAAUCCUUAGAUUCAAAGUUUGAAAGUAUUGUAGAUGAAGAGCUUUCAAUCACUCUGAAAGACUUUUUGAAAAUUUUUAGAAAUGAUAGGCUAAAGAAAGAUUUUGUAUUAAAAUCAGAGCGUAAGCUAAAGCUCCCCUCCAAAACAACUAAAGUCGAGAUUCCCUCGAUCACAGAAUCCCCAGUUCCUCCCUUAAAUAUGAAGAAUAAAAUCUCAGCUCCUGCUCAGAGAUCCAGAUAUAAUGAGAAGCUCUCUGAUCAAGAUGAUCUGCAAGCAGUCAGGAAUUUACAAGUGGGGAAUGUUGGCAUCUUUUCGAAACAAAAGACGCACAUUGAAGGGAGAAAUAAAGCUAAUUUGAGAAUCUUAAACUCCCAGUAUAAGUCUCGAGCUGAGAGAGGGAAGGAUAAUUCAAAGAUUCCCAGUCUUGUAGAGCAAAUUAAAAUCGUACGUGAAUAUUGGUCCAUUGCUGAUGAGGGCAGGAUGGAUUAUGAAGUUCCUCUCCCAAAUGUCACUAAACUUCUGGUCAAUAAACAAGUUGCUCCUGACCUUGAAAUCGCAAAGAAAAUUGUCAGAAGUGUUCAGAAAAAUAAGUCUAGCGCAAAAGUGAAUUAUGAUGAGUUCAAGAGGAUCUUCUGCAAGGCAAUUUUUAAAAGCUGUUUGCUCGCAUUAAUCAAAGAGAUUAUUCAAUUCAAUCCAUUCAAUGACAAAAUACUUGCAAAGAAAGAUGAAGAGGAAAUCCUGCCAGUCUCAGUCAGAUCAAUUGCUUAUCAAAGAACUUUGCUGAAGAAAGGGAUUUCAAGUGAAGACCCAGGGCUAAUGAAAAUUGGAAAAGAGAUUCUUAACUCUUUGGCAGAAUUCAAAAACAUGACUCGACCUUUGACAGACGAACAGAUUGAUCAGAUUCUUAAUAGAGGAGCCAAGGUGGACACCCCCUCUAGUUUGGCUAGUGAUGAUUUCAACUACAAAGUAAAGAAAGGGAUGAUUUAUAAGUAACCUCAAUCCUGGAUAAAA